AAUGGCGACUUCCAUGCAAAUUUGUAAUUUAUCCAAUAAUUUAGAAGAAUUUUUGCAAUCCGAAUACAGUGCAUGUAUGUUUUGCCAGGGUUUUUAUGGUAAAAGUUUUGGGCAGCCUGUGUGUAGCACAUGUCACUUGUUUUUGUUCUCAUCGGACAUCAACAGAGAUGAAGGUGAAGAGGAUAUCUACACUGAGAAAGCGGAUUCCGGAGACAGUGGUAAUGAGGAGCCAGAAAUGGCGCAAGAUUUCUGUGAUCACAAUCCCCUCCCAACCAGUUCAACGCCUGUGCGAGCCUCGCAAGUGUCACACAAGAUGGACAAGUUAGCUGAAAGGAUUGGUAUGCUGACGUUACCGCGGGAAAGAGAUCAUGUGCCCGAGGGACUGGUGGACUCUUUACCACCUGAAGUUUUAUUGGUAGUGUUCAAGUAUCUGGACGACAUUUCAUUAUGGACAGCAGGAAUGGUUUGUCCUAGGUGGCAGCAGCUCUUACAAGGGGAGACAAAUGAUUCAAAAUGGCGGGAAUUUACAAAACUUAGAUGGCCACUUUUUAAUCCACAUUAUAAAGUAAAGAAAUGGAAAACCAUUUAUACAAAAUUGUUGGAAAGCUCACCUUGUAGACACUGUCUGGAAAGCAUGAUGUUACAGAGUACACCACCUAUAGAAGAGAAUUCAUGGAGACAUAGGCGACUAAGGAGUGAACUUAAAACCCUCAAGUCUGAUCCUCCAGAAGGUAUACGAGCUGAACCUCUUGACCGGCACUGUUGCCACUGGCAGGCUUCUAUCACAGGACCACAAGGGAGUCCGUAUGAGGGUGGCUUGUUCCUGUUGUAUUUACAAAUUCCAGACAGUUAUCCAAUGAGACCCCCAAAGGUUCAGUUUAUAACAAAGAUAUUUCAUCCUAACAUAAGUCGUCAUGGAGAUGUGGGCUUAGAUUCUAUUCACUAUAACUGGAGCCUGGCUCUAACUAUAUCUAAAGUUCUAAUAAGUAUCCAGUCUUUAUUAACAGACCCAUAUUGUGAUGUGUGCAUGGAACCAGCUAUUGGUUCCUUAUACAGUAAAAAUAGACAAGAGUUUGAUAGAAUAUCAAGAUUAUGGACGUGGAAGUACGCAAUGCACGAUUUUCUCAUGCCAAUGGAAAUAGAUCUGAAUGGAUUAUAGCAUUAAAUGAAACGAUGCUGGAGAGGU